AUGUCAACGAAACUACACACGUUACGUGGCUCAUGUUUAUUCCUACUUUUUAUAUCACAAAUAACAUGCGAUUGGGUGGAAAUAGAACAGAAUAACUACAAACCGUAUCGAAAACUGACCAUAAAUACUGGCUACGACGACCAUAAAAGUCAAGUUGUGCCUCAGAAUGAAGAAACUACUAAAGAGAAUAAGAUUUACAGAAACCAUUCAGUGGAAAAACUGUGGAGUAAAGGAUUGGUUGAUAGAGUGAGCAACAUCGGAAACAUAAAAAGAAUACAAGGGCCCACAGUCAAAACCACCGCAAUUAAAGCAAAGCAGGAAGACACUGAGUUUAGUAAGAAUGCACCUGCAACGGAAAAAAUGGGUGAUACACACAAAUAUCGUGAACGCAUAAAUAUUCCGCAACGGCACUACUAUACGAACCGGCCACAUAUAUUAGAAGUAAAAAAUAAUCAAGAAGAAGAUUUUCGAAUUAAAGAAAGUAAACAUGACAAAAUAACUAACACUGGUAUCAAACUUGCAUCAAGUAUUAAGAGUUCAGUUAAUAAUUUUCAAUAUGAUAAUUAUAAUGAAGAGAAAGAUCCUGUUGUCAGUAUUAAUGCACCAAACAAAGUAAAACAAAUGCAAACUCUCCGUAAAAAUCUAUCCACAAAUGAAAAGACAAAAAUCCAUUCGAACGACGAAAAUGAUGAAUAUUACAACUCUAAUUACCAAAGAGUUCAAAUCGGUCAACGAAGAACUUCACCAAGACCUAAUAUUUUCAACAUUGAAGAGCUAACUGCGAAAAAACAUAAAACAAUUAAUAAAUCACCAAGCAUUGAAAACUAUGACGUACAAAAUCUAGACCAACUUGAUGACAAUAAAUAUACCAACUUUUCUUUAUCGAGACCGUUUGGAGCAUAUAUUACUAAAAUAAACAAUACAAAUGAAAAUCGCAACGAUUUCAAAAAACGCCCAAUGAUUAUUAAAACUGAUAUUAACUCAGUCCCUGCAAUAAACAAUGAAGAAGAGGUACCAGUCCACCACCAGUCAGUGACUGAAGAGAUGCCUACUAACUCUGAAGAUAUAUCAAAAUCAAAGAAAAAGAAUCCGAUGGAUGGUAUGUUGAAACUAAUGAAAGUGGUUUCCGAUACCAUUUACAAAAACACACACAGAAGCUUCAAAAGUAAAGUGAAGUAUUUGGAAGGACUGAAAAGCACUAUACUGACAACAAUAGAAGGCCACGUAGACACUUUAUGGCCGGACGAUAAGGACCACACACGUCACACCCGCGAGGCUCGAGGGCACCUGGAAUUCCCCUCCUCAGAGAGUGCUCUUAUGUCGAUAUCUUUCUUAACAUUUGCUGUUUUCCUUAUUAAAUUGGUUUUGCAAGUGAUCCAUACAUACAAAGACAAGACGAUGUUGGUGGCGCCGACAGUGGUGUCAGCAGUGGGACGCGCUGCGAGAGCUAUUCGUAAUCAACAA